AUUAUUUUAAGCCUUCAAAAUACAUGUCCGUUAGAAUCAAUACCAUAAGAUGAGCUAUUUUAAGAUACAGGAAAUUUAUCUUGAAAUGCCUAGAACUACUAUGAGUAAAAAAAUUACAUCAAUGUUAAAUCAAGACAAUCUGUUGGAUUGUAAUAAUGAAGCAUGACUCAGAAAGUUUCAGCAAUCAAGAAUAUUCAUCCAAAAAAUCCAUCUAAUAUUUUACAAAGUAAACAAAGUAUGGAAAGAUUUCUUUAGAACUCAUUAAGAUAUUCCAAAGUAUCUGAUUAGUAUUUCUUUGAUAAUCUAGAAGGAAUUAGUGAUGCAAUAAAUCAUUUUGAUGACCACUUCCUAAAUUUCUCUUCAUCGAUUAGUACAUUUAUAUUAUGA